CUCGAGUUGCACACUGACGUAAAGAUGGCGGCUGCUAGAAGUGUGAGGAUAUUACACGGAAUUAGGCUUCAUGCAAUUCGAAAUACAGCUUUAAAAGCAACAACGUUCCUCCAGCGAAGGGCAUUCCGCGUCAAUGGAGCUCUUCGGCAGCAGCCGUUUGAUUCUUCAGUGGAGAAGCCCCAGUUUCCAGGGGCCUCGGCAGAGUUUAUUGAUCACCUUGAGUUUAUCCAGCCCAAUGUGAUCUCAGGAAUUCCUGUCUAUAGGGUGAUGGACAGACAGGGCCAGAUCAUUAAUCCUUCAGAAGAUCCUCAGCUUCCAAAAGAGAUGGUUUUGAAUUUCUAUCAAAAGAUGACACUACUCAACACAAUGGAUCGUAUUCUUUACGAGUCCCAGAGGCAGGGCCGUAUCUCAUUCUACAUGACCAAUUAUGGUGAGGAGGGCACACAUAUUGGAAGUGCUGCGGCUCUCGACCCUAAUGAUUUGGUCUUCGGCCAAUACCGGGAAGCUGGUGUGUUGAUGUACAGAGGCUUCCCUUUGGAUCUGUUUAUGGCACAGUGCUACGCCAAUGCUGAUGACCUUGGCAAGGGUCGGCAGAUGCCAGUUCACUAUGGCUGCAAAGAUCUCAAUUUUGUCACCAUCUCCUCACCACUUGCCACUCAAAUUCCCCAAGCGGCAGGGACGGCAUAUGCUGUGAAGAGGGAGAACUCAAACCGAGCUGUGAUCUGUUACUUUGGAGAGGGGGCAUCUAGUGAGGGUGAUGCUCAUGCUGGAUUUAACUUCUCCGCCACUCUUGAAUGUCCUCUCAUAUUCUUCUGCCGCAACAACGGUUACGCUAUCUCCACACCGACCAAUGAGCAGUACAGAGGGGAUGGUAUUGCUGCUCGAGGUCCAGGAUAUGGACUGAUGUCGAUCCGUGUGGAUGGAAACGACGUGUUCGCUGUGUACAAUGCCACAAAGGAGGCACGGCGCAGAGCGGUGGCUGAAAACCAGCCCUUCCUAAUUGAAGCAAUGACCUACAGGAUCGGUCAUCACAGCACCAGUGAUGACAGCUCUGCAUACCGCUCUGUUGACGAGGUGAACUACUGGGACAAGCAGGACCAUCCCAUCUCUCGACUGAGACACUACAUGACCGCUCGUGGCUGGUGGGAGGAGGAUGAGGAGAGGGCCUGGAGGAAGCAGUCCCGCAAACUCGUCAUGGAGGCCUUUGAGAAAGCCGAGAGGCGCCUGAAACCCAACCCCAACCUGCUGUUCACUGACGUCUACAAUGAGAUCACUCCUCUUCUAGCCAAACAGAAAGAUGCCAUGUGGAGGCACGUCCAGCAAUAUAAAGAGCAAUACCCACUGGAUCUCUAUGAGAAAUAAGCCCUGUGUUUUCAAAGGAAGAAGGAGACACCGGGGCAGUGGACACAAUUGUCUUGCACGUAUCAGUUUGUGUGAUUUGUACUUUUUGUUGUCUGUUUCACAUUUUUUUUUGUUGCAUUAGAAAGCACAGACAUUAAACAGAUAGUUCACACAUAAUGAAAACUGUGUCUUCAUUUACUCACACUCAUGUUGUUCCAAUAUUCCAAGGAUAUUGAUAUAUAUUUGUUAUAAAUCCAGUCACCACGGUUUCUUGUGUUGAUCUAAAUCCCAUGUGAUCUUUCAUUAAUCUUAUGGCACUCUGAAGAACAUUGCAUUACAUUUUUGGAUCGUAGGCCUUUAGAACACUCUCAUUGAUCAUCACAGGUUUUUCAGAUAUUCACAAAUAUAAAGAAUCAGUGAUGAUUAAACAUAUGGUUAUAAAAUGUUAAUUUUUGUGUGUAUUUUUACCCUCAGAUUUUCCAUGCCAAACUGAGCUGUAGAAACUAAAUGCAACAUAAUACUGUAGUGUUGAAAUGACCUGGGGCUAGAAAUGUUUUAUGUCCUGAUGUAAUGAUUUCCCCCCUAGAUGAUGAAGACUUUCCAUUUAUCUGUAAUUUUCUGGUUGUUAAUAAUGAACUGAACAAACUGUUUCUGUGUGAAACUCACUCAACUGUUACAUGACAUGAUGAUUGUUGUUUGAGAUUGAUUUAGAUUAGCUUUAGGCAUUUGUAAAUUGUAUUUUAAACAAUAAAAAUGCUCAUAAAAUGUAA